GGUGGGAUAUAUUAGGCAGCAAGUGAACAUUUUGUCCUCAAAGUUGAUGGGGGUCUUGUGGGGUGUUCCUGGUCUGCAGUGGUCAGUAUCUAUCAAAAGUGGUCCAAGGAAUGAACAGUGGUGAACUGGUGACAGGGUCAUGGGCGUUAAAGGCUCAUUGAUGCACGUGGGGAGCAAAGGCUGGCCCAUGUGGUCAGAUCCAACAGACGAGCAACUGUAGCUCAAAUUGCUCAAGAAGUUAAUGCUGGUUCUGAUAGAAAAGUGUCAGAAUACACAGUGAAUCGCAGUUUGUUGCAAAUAGCCGCAGACCAGUCAGGGUGCCCAUGCUGACCCCUGUCCACCGCCGAAAGCGGCAAUAGUGGGCAUGUGAGCAUCAGAACUGGACCAUGGAGUAAUGGAAGAAGAUGGCCUGGUCUAAUGAAUCACAUUUUCUUUUACAUCACGUGGAUGGCCGGGUGCAUGUGUGUUGCUUACCUGAGGAACACAUGGCACCAGGAUAUUCUAUGGGAAGAAGGCAAGCCGGCAGAGGCAGUGUGAUGCUUUGGGCAAUGUUCUGACGGGAAACCUUGGGUCCUGCCAUCCAUGUGGAUGUUACUUUGACACGUACCACCUACAUUAGCAUUGUUGCAGACCAUGAACACCCUUUGAUGGAAAUGGUAUUCCCUGGUGGCUGUGGCCUCUUUCAGCAGGAUAAUGCACCCUGCCACAAAGCAAAAAUGGUUCAGGAAUGGUUUAAAGCCCGGGAUACACUGCACGAUUUUUGGCUGUCCCAGAUGAAAGAUUGCCAUCGUGAAACAAUCGUGGUAAUUUCUGUGAUUGUGGCUCUUAAUCGGUGGUCCUAUGUCGUACAGUGAGAGAGGUUCAAAGACGGCCGUUUUCCUGGUCUUGCGACCAAAGAUAGCCUACGUUCAUUUUCUGACAGUGUCAGAAAUUCAGCAUGAUCAUCGCACAGUGUGUUUGCUGCUACAACCUACGUCUACUGACCAGCCAAUAAAAAUGUGACAUGAAAUCAACACGACAUGGCGCUAAAAAUUAAAACUGGUGUACAUAAGCAAGCAAAACAAUAAAACCCCUCAACACUCCCUUUUGGUGCUUUCCUGCUUAUUUCUAGAAAUCUGAUUUGCAAUACUGCUAAAUCUGUUGGUUUGUCUUUUUUUUUUUUUUUGGCUUAAUUGUGUUUGGGUGCUUGGAUAUGAGUUAAUUUAAUAUACUGUUAUCUCAGUGGCACAAAAGGUUCUCGAUGGAAUAAUAAUGUAUCUUGAAAACAUGUAAAAAGUUAUUUUCAACUAAUAACUUUAUACUACGUAUAUUUGAACGGAAGAAUCUUGCGUCUUUUGACUUUUGCAUUGUUUGUCCCUUUGUGAGACCCGUAGUCAUGUUGGAUGUCAGCAGGAGGCGUGUACGCGUUACAUCUACAACAGUUAACAGCCGCUGAGUGUCUCCACUCUAGCACUUUAGGCUCCAGUAAUACCAAUUGAUACCGAUGCUUAUAUCUAGAAACGUCGUAUAGCGCUGUGUUUUUAAAAUUAAACUUGUUUUGAUUUUUACAUAAUGUCAAGCUUAUUUUUGAUUGAUGUGGAUUGCUGUGGACGCCUGUAAAAUCUUGAAGAUUAUAAUCGGGUAAAUGCGAUCUGACUUCAGAAGUGGGAAAUAUGCGAAAAGACGUGAGGAUUCUGCUGGUUGGAGAACCCAAAGUGGGGAAGACAUCCCUGAUCAUGUCAUUGGUCAGUGAGGAGUUCCCAGCUGUGGUUCCUUACAGAGCUGAGGAGAUCACUAUACCAGCAGAUGUCACACCAGAGAGAGUCCCCACUCAUAUAGUAGACUACUCAGAAGCUGAACAAACAGAUGAACAACUGUAUCAAGAGAUAUCAAAGGCCAAUGUUAUAUGUAUAGUCUACUCAGUGAACAACAAGACGUCUAUUGAGAAGGUGACAAGUCACUGGAUUCCCCUGAUAAAUGAGAGAACAGACAAAGAUAGCAGGGUUCCGCUGAUCCUUGUGGGAAAUAAAUCUGAUCUGGUUGAACAUAGCAGUAUGGAGACUGUCCUUCCCAUCAUGAACAAAUACACAGAGAUAGAGACUUGUGUGGAGUGUUCAGCUAAGAAUCUGAAGAAUAUUUCAGAGUUAUUUUACUAUGCACAGAAGGCUGUCCUUCACCCUACAGGGCCACUCUACUGUCCAGAAAAGAAAGAGAUGAGGCCUGCCUGUGUUCGAGCAUUGACACGAAUUUUUAAGGUGUCAGAUUUGGACAACAAUGGCAUCCUCAAUGAUUAUGAGCUCACCUUUUUUCAGAGAACCUGUUUCAACAUCCCACUAGCCCCACAAGCCCUGGAGGAUGUAAAAAAUGUUGUAAGUAAAAACCUGACGGAUGGAGUGCGUGACAAUGGGCUCACUCUCAAAGGUUUCCUUUUCCUACAUACUCUCUUCAUCCAAAGAGGAAGGCAUGAGACCACGUGGACGGUACUGCGGAGGUUUGGAUAUGAUGACGAUCUUGAGCUGCAUCAGGACUACCUGUUUCCCCCGUUAAAAAUACCACCGGACUGCACCACAGAGCUCAAUCACAAUGCUUACCUGUUUCUACAGAGCAUUUUUGAUAAACAUGAUAAGGACAGAGACUGUGCUUUAUCCCCUGAAGAGCUUAUGGAUCUGUUCGAUGUUUUCCCCUACGUCCCCUGGGGAAUGGAUGUGAACAGUACCGUCUGCACUAAUGACCAGGGCUGGAUCACAUAUCAAGGCUAUCUCUCUCAGUGGACGUUAACCACUUACUUGGAUGUCCAGCGAUGUCUGGAAUAUCUUGGCUACCUUGGUUACUCCAUUAUUGCUGAGCAGGAGUCUCAGGCAUCUGCCAUAACAGUGACCCGUGAUAAGAAGCUCGACCUUCAGAAGAAACAGACGCAACGGAAUGUAUUUCGCUGUCAUGUGUUUGGACUAACUGGAAGUGGCAAAACUGGUUUCCUGCAGGGCUUCCUUGGCAGAAACCUUGUGCGUCAGAAGACAAUAAGAGAAGAGCAUAAAUCAUAUUAUGCAAUCAGCACUGCACAUGUGUACGGACAGGAGAAGUACUUGUUGCUCCAUGAGGUCUUUCCAGAUUUUGAUUUCCUGUCUGAGACAGAACUUUCAUGUGACAUUGUGUGUCUGAUCUAUGAUGUCAGCAACCCCUGCUCUUUUGAGUACUGCGCACAAAUCUUCAAGCAAUACUUCAUGGACAGUAAGACUCCAUGUAUGUUGAUUGCUGCAAAGUCAGACCUGCCAGAAACAAAACAGCAAUACUGUAUGACUCCACUGGAAUUCUGCCGCAAGCACAAGAUGCCUCCGCCUCAGUCCUAUACCUGUAACACAGCCGCGGCUCCAAGCAAAGACAUCUUCAUCAAACUCACCACCAUGGCUGUGUACCCCCAUGCGCGUCUGCGCUGCAUGUGUACCUGUAACAGGUGCACCUUCUGUCUGUGUCAGAACUUCCUCAACUCUGAGCUUGUCCAGACGGUUCGGACCAAACUCUACACUGUCGUCUUUAGCAGACAUAUUACACAUGCUGACCUGAAGAGCUCUACUUUUUGGCUCCGAGCAAGUGUUGGUGCCACGGUUUUUGCUGUGCUUGGCUUUGCCAUGUACAGAGCCCUCCUCAGAUCUCGAUGAGCAGACACUAAAACUUACUUCACUCACUUCCUGUAUGCCCUAGCUAUCUCCCAUUUGCAGAGGAACCAAUAGGAACAAGAAUAUUUUGUUUUUAAAAAGGAAAGGAUAAAGCAACAUACAGUUGCAAGAAAAAGUAUGUGAACCACUUGCAGAAUCUGUGAAAAAUGUUAAUAAUUUUAACAAAAUAAGGGAGAAUACAAAAUGCAUGUUAUUUUUUAUUUAGUACUGUCCUGAGUAAGAUAUUUUACAUAAAAGUUGUUUACAUAUAAUCCACAAGACAAAAAAAAUAGCUGAAUUUAUUAAAAUAACCCCAUUCAUAAGUAUGUGAACCACUGAUUCUUAACCAUGAUUCUUAACCAACAAAAAAACAGUCGUAGAUCAUCCAGGUAACAGUAGUUUUUUUGAUUUUUGAUGGUUGAGUCCCUUGUUUGUCCUCAGUUAAACUGAGCUCUGUUCUUCAGAAAAAAUCUCCAGGUCCUGCAGAUUCUUCAGUUUUCCAGCAUUUUUUGCAUAUUUGAACCAGUGACUGAAUGAUUUUGAGAUUCGUCUUUUCACACUGAGGACAACUGAGGGACUCAAACACAACUUUUAAGAAAGGUUCAAACAUUCACUGAUGCUCCAGAAAAAAACAUGAUGCAUUAAUAGAUGGGGGGUGAAAACAUUUGGAAUUUGAAGAUCAAGGUAAAUUGUAUUUAAUUUGUCUUCCGGGAAACAUGCAAGUAUUUUCUGUUGCUUCCGAAGGGCAGUACUAAAUGAAAAAAAUAAUAAUAAUAUUCAAGCGAAAUAAGAAAAAUUUGGACCUCUUCAUCCUGUUCAAAAGUUUUCACCCCCCGACUCUUAAUGCAUCGUGUUUCCUUCUGAAGCAUCAGUGAAUGUUUGAACCUUUUUUAAUAGUUGUGUUUGAGUCCCUCAGUUGUCCUCCAUGUGAAAAGAUGGAUCUCAAAAUCAUUCAGUCACUGUUGUAAAGGGUUCAAAUAUGCAAAAGAUGGUGGAAAACUGAAUAAUUUUUAGGACCUGGAGAUUUUUUCUGAAGAACAGAGCUCAGUUUAACUGCUCAGAAUAAACAAGGGACUCAUGAACAAACAUCACACAACAAAAAAACAGUCGUAGAUCAUCCAGGUAACCACACACAGUAUUAAGAAUCAAUGGUUCACAAACUUUUGAACUGGGUCAUUUUAAUAAAUUCAGCUAUUUUUUUUCUUAUGGAUUAUAUGUAAACAUCUUUUAUGUAAAAUAUCUUACUCAGGACAGUACUAAAUAAAAAAUAACAUGCAUUUUGUAUGAUCUCUCUUAUUUUGUUAAAAUUUUGCACAUUUUCACAGAUUCUGCAAGUGGUUCACAUACUUUUUCUUGCAACUGUAGCUGUUAUAUUUAAUUAUUGUCAUAUAGAAUCUUGAGACUAUUUGAGAUGGAAAAUUAGAAUGUUUUUCUUUAAACAUAAUACAAGCAAACUGUAAAUAUGUACAUGAGAGAGAAUAUUUAUUUGUUGCCGUGUGAAUAAAACAUAUAGCAUUCAUAUUUAAAGCAAACAAAUGCAACACUAUGCUCUCACUUUUGUCUCAAACUGUCAAAUAAACUCUUAGUGGUCUAUGGUCCACGGUUUUUGAACCAAAACCAACCAAGUGGCAGAUAAGACCGGAAGCCUUGUCGCCUUCCUGUGUAAUGUGAAACUGUGGAAACACUCCAUCUUUAGCUCCAACCCGAAUCAAACACACCUGAACCAGCUAAUCAAGGUGUUCAGGGUUGCUUGAUAAUUACAGACAGGUGUGUUGGAGCAGGGUUGGAACUGAAAUCUGCAGGACGGUAGCCCUCCAGGAGCAGGGUUGGAGAUACCUGUUCUAGACUUUAUUUGCAUGCUUUAAUGUUUUAAGACUUUCACAUCAUUCUUCAGAAAUAAUUUAUCAACUGAUUUUUUUUUUUUUUUCUUGUAAGUUUGCAUCUUUUUCCAACCUUUCAAUAAACAGGUUCUGCAAUAGUGUAUUUUGUGAAAUCAAAUUUUCUUGCAGACAGUGGUAAACUAGAAAUACAGAAUACUUUAUCUUAAUUUAAAGAAGGAUGUGUUCUUGGAAAUGGUUCCUGGUUGAAUAUGUAUCAGAAAAAAGGUCUGAUAUUGCUGUUAAAUAACACCUACAAAUAUUAUGUAUUAUUUAUAUUUUAUAUAUAUAUAUAUAUAUACAUAUACACACUGUGUUCCAAAUUAUUAUGCAAGUGACAUCAGUAGGAUUUCAGUACAAUAAACAUUCAGAUUUUAGUUUUUCUAAGAAAGUGUUUGUUUGUUUGUUUGUUUGUUUAUCCAUGUCUUUUUAGAUAACUGGUAUCAAUCUCAGACAAAAUAAUUUGCCAGGUCUACUUAGGUAAAUGGAAACCCUACUUAGAGGUUGUUCCACAUUAUUAAGCAAGUCACAGUUCUCAUGCAAUGUGGAGAGGAAGAAAGAUCUUUCUGGAGAUGAAAAGCAUGAAAUGGUGCAAUGUUGUGCAAAAGGCUAACAUUGUGUGAAAACUAAAUGCAGAUUUUUGAAGUAUAAGAUUUGUGAGUGAUUUAGAGCACAACAGAAUUCGGUCAGAUAAAGGCUUAUUAAGGAAAGUUUCUGUCAAACAAGUUAAUUGUAUUAAAAGGGCAGCUAUAAAAAAGCCAGUGUUGAGCAGCAAACAGGUGUUUGAAGUUGCUGGUGUCUUGAGAACCUCUCUAUGCAGGUUGGCGGUUAUGUGUAAAAUCACAUUUUAGCCACCACUAACCAAACCUCACAAAGAGAAACAUUUGCAGUCAGUAUACAUUUUCAAACAGUUUUAUUGCUGUGGUGUUUUUUUGCAGCAUGGGAUAGUGCAUAGUAUUUCAGAAGGCACUAUCCUUCUUUUUAUACCAUAGCAGAAAAUGGCCAUGAAAAAUGGUUAUGAACUCCACAUAUCUUGAUGAAGUCAUUUUGACAACCUCAGAGACCCUAAAGGGACCUUCCAUCUCACUUCCCAGUAUUCCAGCCCAAAUCAACACCCGCCAGCUCCCUGCUGACAUCGCAGUCUUGUUGGAACGUGGUGGCCAUUCACCAACCAUCCAGAAAGCCAUCCAUUUAGACCAUUCAUUGUAAUAUGGCAUUCGUCAGUGAAUAAAACUAUUUAAAAAUGAGUCUUUAUGUAUUUCUAAACCCACUGUAAAUGUUUCUCUUUGUGACGUUUGGUUAGUGGUGGCUGAAAUGCAUCUUUACACACAACUGCCAACCUGCAUGGAGAGCUUCUCAAGACACCAGCAGCUUCAAAUACCUGUUUGCUACUCAACACUGGCUUUUUUUAUAGCUGCCAUUUUAAUACAAUUUAAUACAACUUAACAAAUGUGGAGUACAAUUUACAUUUAAAACACAUCAGGCAAUUGUUCUUGCCUUUAUAUUGAAAAGACACUUUACGAUUGCAUUGAGCACUAUAUGUAAACUGAAAUAUGUUAUAUGACUACACCUAUGAUCAAAAUAAACAUAAAAUUGAAAAAAACAUAUUUUGUCUUUUAUCAUAAUAUAUCAAUUUUGUACUAUUAGACAAAAAAGAAAUUAAUGCCUGUAUAAAAAGGAUGCAAGCUGACGUUCUGUUUUUGUAGCGAUAAAAUUACAUGUCUUAAAGUACCUUUAACAGAGGUAUAGAUGAAAGAUGAAAAGACUAAUUUUAUGCUAACAAACAAAGCUGAUGAUUCAGUAAAGUCUUGUGGUUCAGCUGGAGCAUCAUCAUGAACAUCAACACUCCUGCAGAGUGACUUCUUAUUCACUACAUUUUGACACA